AUGGCUCAGAAACCUUUUAUCCUGACUAUGGGCAGCUCGGGCGUCGGAAAAUCAUCCCUGCUCAAUGCACUGGUGGCCGACAAAGAAGCCUUUGGUGUCUCCAAGGACGCCAAGGCAGGAGAAAAAGAACCCAGAGUGGUGGAAAAGGAUCACUUGAAAGUCAUGGACUCGGGAGGUUUCGCAGACCCUGAUGGCAAAGACGCUGAGAUAGGCGUGAUGCUCUAUGAACAGUUUAAAAGACGCGGUGCUCCAUCAGCCAUUCUUCUGUGCUCAGCGGGUGUUCGCUAUGACGAGAUGUGCCAAAGGGUGGUAGGUUUCCUGCAACGCGUUUUUGGCGAUCAGGCACUCAGCCGUAUCAUUUUUGUACUGACGCAACACCCCCUCGACGACAAAAGCUUGAAGAUGCAUGAAAAGGAGGCAGGUAGAGAGGUCCCAAAGCAGCCGGAUGACGAAUGGAGAACCGCGAUUGUUCAAAGGUGGAGAGAGGAGCUUUCUACAGGUCUCAACGAACAAAUGAAGAAACACAAAUGGCUUGGUGGUAUGGCCGCAGUGCCCGUGUUCAUCUUGGAUAGUCAUGCAAAGCUUUUUGAUGACGUUGCUGAUGAUAGUGAAGUCAACGUAUUUGAUGAACAGGUGAAACUCAUGCUAGAGCUCAGUACCAAAAAACCCUUGAGCGUGUUGGAGAUCCUGGACAAAAAGCUCAGGGAUUUCUUGGAGGUUGGGGUCCCCCAGUUGGUUUCAGACCUCUUGCAGCAGGCAGACAAGAGUGAAGAGGGGCAGCAAAGUUGGUUCCUGCAGGCUUCAUACAUAAAUUGUUUGCUGUCACAGCUUGAUGACCCCGAGAAAGGUCUCGAGAAAACAUUAUGCAAGAAGCUAGGAGCUAUAGUGGUGCAAGAGAUCAAGGAUGACAUGAAAAGGCACGGUAUCACAGAAAGCGGAGUAAAGAAGAUACAAAUGAAAGGGUUGUGCAAGACGGGCGACGGGAUCACCUUUGGAGUGCUUUUUGGUUCAAUAGCGUUUGGCGUCGCAAUCCCAUUGAUUGGUAUCGCCAUGCUGGUCCAGUCCUUGGUCCACUCGUUGAAUUGGAGUCGUCAACGCACCAUUGCAGACCUGCAGACACACAUUUGCAAAAGUCUUAAAGAAGAAGGGAACAAACACCUACAUGAUGCCGCCAUGAGACAUUUUUUCGACUACAGCACGGCUGCUGCAAAUUGGGACACUCACCUGAAGGCGCUGAGCAACUCUAGCUAG